GGAAAGCAGCCCGUCACACUGACACGUGAGGUAGGUAACGCUCGUUGGGCCCCAGCUGCCAUAGUGUGAGGCUGGACGGCAGCGAGUGAGGCGGGCCCGCCCGCCCGGCACGGCACCAUCCGUCUGUGACAUGUGGGCCCCACUCUCUGACGUAACUCUCCUGCUCUUGCGCUCCGUUAACCGCUCGACUCGGCGCCGAUCCAUCUCCUUUUGUCGCCGCCGACUGGAUCCAGUGCUUUCACCGUUCACCCAUCUCGCAGCGUCGGCGGCCAUGUCGGCGGCGUGGUGGGCCCACCACCGCCUCUGCAUCCUCCUCCCGGUCCUUUUCCUCGCGCCCGUCCUCUUCUUUCUCCUCGCGCCGGCCGCCUCCCCACCCUUCUUCACUCUUCCCGCCUCCAGGGAGCAGUCGCGGGUCAUUUGGGCGCAGCGGCGUUUGGUGGAGUGGCGGCCGUGCGGGUGGUGGCGGACGGCAAUGCCCGCUCCGUCGGGGAGGAACGGGUACAUCAGGAUAGAUUGCUACGGCGGGCUCAACCAGCUGAGACGUGAUCUAUGUGACGGAAUUGGGGUUGCACGUCUUCUGAAUGCAACAAUGGUUCCGCCCAAGUUUGAGGUUGCCGCCUAUUGGAAUGAAUCUAGUGGCUUUGCAGAUGUUUUUGAUGUUAACUACUUCAUUGAGCAGACUAGAGGAUACGUGGAAGUUGUGAAGGACAUUCCUGCAGAGAUAGCAUCCAAAGAACCAUUUAAGGUUGACUGCAGUAAACGGAAAGGACAUUUUGAUUAUGUUGAAAAAGUACUUCCGGCUCUCUUGAAGCAUCAAUAUAUCUCACUGACACCUGCCAUGAAUCAAAGAAGAGAUAGAAACCCUUCAUAUGCAAAAGCUUCUUACUGCCAAGGUUGCUACAAUGCGAUCAGGUUGAAUAAGAAUGUGGAAUCUAAAGCUAUUGAGCUUUUCCAAGCUAUACCGAAACCCUUCUUAUCUCUUCACAUGAGAUUCGAACCAGAUAUGGUUGCCUACAGUCGGUGUGCAUACACUGGUCUUUCUUCCAAAUCACUGGGCUCCAUUGAAGCUGCACGCGGGGAGGGUAGGAAGGUAUUGACUGGCGAUGCUGCCCACCUGUGGAGGAACCGUGGCAAGUGCCCUCUGACACCAAAUGAAACAGCAUUUAUCCUCCAAGUGUUAGGCAUUCCUACAAACACAAACAUUUAUUUAGCCGCUGGCGAUGAGCUGAUGGAACUUGAGGGAUUUACCUCCGUUUACAAAAAUAUAUACACAAAAUCAUCACUCCUGACUCAUGAAGAUUUUGAGAGGAUGCAUGGCAACACAAAAGCUGCUCUUGACUAUUAUGUUUCAGUUAACAGUGAUGCAUACGUUGCAACAUUCUUUGGAAAUAUGGAUAAGAUGGUAACUGCAAUGAGAACAAUGCAAGGGCUCCAGAAGACCCUGGUCUUGAGCAGGAGGGCUUUUGCAAACUGCACUGCUGCUGGACUAGUAGGGGAGCAACUGGCUAAGGCUAUGUGGGAUGCUCAUCGAGAAGAAUAUAUCAGGGGGAGGGGAUCGGCUCUUCCUGAGCACUGCUUUUGUGAAUUCAAAUUGUAGCACCAGUGGCACAACGGUUACUCUAGACUGACACCUUUCGGUUGAAAGUGACUUGUAUGCCACUGUGAUUGUGUAAAUAUGAUGAGUUGUUACCACAAUGCGGGUAUUGCUCAGGCUUCGCAAGAAACUAUUUUUGAUCAGUUGGGCUUUCACAAACUGCACAUCAGCUGGGUUCAGAGGGCUGGCACCCAUACAGAGAUGUUUAUCACCUGGCCUUCUGCUUCUCCUGCAUAAUAUUUUUUUGUUAGUUCAAAUACUAGAACAGGCAUUUACAUGCUCACUUAAUUUCAAAAUACUCUCGUUGCUUUGAGGAUCAUGUUGAAAUUAGUGACCCAGAGAAUCAUACUAAAUAGUCUUUUUUUUACACAUUCAUACUAAAUAGUCAGUAGUUACAGUGCUGGAGAACUUUUUCAGUGCUCAGGAUUCAUGAAGUAGCUCCCGAUGAACGGUAAAGUAAUGACUCGUGAAUGACCCCAUGUGUACAAGUGUCUAUGUGCUUCAUUUAUCUUAAUCAGCUGCUGGAUGAAUAAGAAGCUUUAUGUGUUCGUUAUUUCUUGGCAAGGGGUUGUUUGGUUCUUGGUGCCCAAGUCAUUUUGGGAUUAUAGAAGGAGAAACUUGUUUCAACAACUAUGUUUCAAGUCAAUGAGAUUAAUGUCUAGCAAGAAGUCAAGAAUCUCAAGACUAGUAAACUGAGUGUACAUCAAUCAUCCAUGGGCUGUGAAAACAUUAAUCAAGACUGCCAGUUGCAAGGGUCAUAGUCAUCAUUGCUCCAUGCUUAUGUAAGGUAAUUAAUCUAUGGGAUUAGUGGCUGUCUCCUAUUUUAUGUCAUUAGCAAUACUCUCCUUUGAUUUUAUUAGGUGCACCUGUAUUUUGAUGUAGACUUCACAGUUUGUGACCAAUAAUCAGUCCAACUUCAUUGUUUUA